AUGAGUCUCAGGCACCGACUAUACGAACCCAGCUUGUCCGCCGAUUUAUCCAUCUCACAGUCAACCUUGGACUCUGAAUCUUCUCUCUCAUCAGUCGAGAGAUACUCCGCAGCGCUGGACGCCCUGAACGCCAGCAACCAUAACCUCGAAUACAAGAUCGCCAAGAUCCAAGCACGCAAUCUGCGCCUCAAACUCGACCUGAUGAGACUCCAACGACACGUCACGUCCUUCCAUCACGAUCUCCUCGCCACCUGGGAAGCCGACAUCCUGACGAGCCUUAUCGAGGUGGUUUACCAACGACAAGGUCGGAAACUACACCGCGGACAUGACAUUAGCGACCUAAGGAGGCUCGAUCGGAAGGCUCUAUCGGCGAUGUAUACCACGGCAGCGGGGAGAAUCGGCAGGAGGGCACUUAGGAGUCUGUUUGGUCUAUCACAGCUUUAUUGGUUAGCGUUGCAGAAGUACGAUGAGAUUGCGCAUCUGCGGAGUACAAGUCCUUCUCGUACGGAGGGUACGUUUGCUCGAUGGUUGAUGACGGAAAGGGAGACGAAUCCUAAACGAGCGGGUUUCUGGGCCAGAUUGUUUCCUGUCUGUUAUGGGAGGACUGUGGAAGAGAGUUCGAAGAUGUAG